AAAAAGGCGGGGGCAUUAUUGUUAUCGCAAAGGAAAAGUAAACACAAUGGUCCAUUUUUACUGUAUCGAUAAAUUGAUCAUGGAAGGACAAACGUACCCCUCCACUUGGGGGACCGCCAUUACCUAACGUAGCACACGCUAUUCACUAUAUAUACAUUACACAAGAUCUCAUCACUCUCACUAUACCAAAACCUCAAACGUUAUAUUUGGGGAUCAUCAAAGCUUCUUCAUCACCAUGGAUCCUUACAAGUACCGUCCCUCGAGCGCGUACAACGCUCCGUUUUACACCACAAACGGUGGUGCCCCCGUCUCCAACAACAUCUCCUCCCUCACCAUCGGAGAAAGAGGUCCGGUUCUUCUUGAGGACUACCAUCUGAUUGAGAAGGUUGCUAACUUCACCAGGGAGAGGAUUCCUGAGAGAGUGGUUCAUGCCAGAGGGAUCAGUGCUAAGGGCUUCUUUGAGGUCACCCAUGACAUUUCAAACCUCACUUGUGCUGAUUUCCUCAGAGCCCCUGGUGUUCAGACUCCGGUCAUCGUCCGUUUCUCCACCGUUGUUCACGAGCGUGCCAGCCCUGAGACCAUGAGAGACAUCCGUGGCUUCGCUGUCAAGUUCUACACCAGAGAGGGGAACUUUGAUCUUGUUGGUAACAACACUCCGGUGUUCUUCAUCCGCGACGGGAUUCAGUUCCCUGACGUCGUCCACGCCCUGAAGCCGAACCCGAAAACAAACAUCCAGGAGUACUGGAGGAUACUGGACUACAUGUCCCACUUACCAGAGAGUCUCCUCACAUGGUGCUGGAUGUUUGAUGACGUCGGUAUCCCACAAGACUACAGGCACAUGGAAGGUUUCGGCGUCCACACCUACACUCUAGUCUCCAAAUCCGGAAAGGUUCUCUUCGUGAAGUUCCACUGGAAACCAACUUGUGGGAUCAAGAAUCUCACUGAUGAAGAGGCUAAGGUAGUUGGAGGAGCCAAUCACAGCCACGCGACUAAGGAUCUUCACGAUGCUAUUGCGUCUGGUAACUACCCUGAGUGGAAGCUUUUUAUUCAGACAAUGGAUCCUGCGGAUGAGGAUAAGUUUGACUUCGACCCGCUUGAUGUGACCAAGAUCUGGCCUGAGGAUAUCUUGCCUCUGCAGCCUGUUGGUCGGUUGGUUCUGAACAGGACUAUUGAUAACUUCUUUAAUGAGACUGAGCAGCUUGCUUUCAACCCUGGUCUUGUGGUUCCUGGGAUCUACUACUCGGAUGACAAGCUGCUUCAGUGUAGGAUCUUUGCGUAUGGUGACACUCAGAGACAUCGUCUUGGACCGAACUAUCUGCAGCUUCCGGUUAAUGCUCCCAAAUGUGCUCACCACAACAAUCACCAUGAAGGGUUUAUGAACUUCAUGCACAGAGAUGAGGAGAUCAAUUACUACCCAUCAAAGUUUGAUCCUGUCCGGUGCGCAGAGAAAGUUCCUAUCCCUAACAAAUCAUACACUGGAAUCAGAACAAAGUGCAUCAUCAAGAAGGAGAACAACUUCAAGCAGCCAGGAGACAGAUACAGAUCAUGGGCACCAGACAGGCAAGACAGGUUUGUGAAGAGAUGGGUUGAGAUACUGUCAGAGCCGCGUCUGACUCAUGAGAUCCGCAGCAUCUGGAUCUCUUACUGGUCUCAGGCUGAUCGAUCACUGGGACAGAAACUAGCAAGCCGUCUGAACGUGAGGCCAAGCAUCUAGAGAGACCAGUCUCUUGUCAUCGGAAAGGUACAAAUCAUAUGAUACUCUCCAUCAUCACUUAAAAUUCCUCAAGAAGAUUAUGUUGUUGUUGUUGCUGUUUCGUGUCUGUAUAAUAAAAAUGAUGUUUUGUAAUCCUUUUUAAACCAAUGUCUUCCUUGGUAUUUUACUUGUCAACUCUACUCUUUGUAAUCAUCUCUUCAUAAUAAAAAUCAAUGAAAAUAAUGCAAGUAUUAUAAUUGGA